GAGGGGGCAGUGUUGCGCCGGAGGGUCUUCCGCUGCCGGGCGGCGCCGGGGCGAGGCGGCGGGUGGCGGCUGGCGGCCGGGGCCGUGUCUCUAGCGAAUGGCCCCGGGGGAAUCAGUAGAGCGGGUACGUCUCAGCUGGUGGGCCGGGCGUAGCGGCAGGCGCUGUUGCGUCCGGAGACGUUUGGUGUCGGGGCCUCGGCCACCCGUCGCCGGUGCUGAAUGGAGACUGAUUGCAAACCUAUGGAGUUGUCCAAUAAUACAGGGUUCGAAGAGGAUUCUGAUUAUAGAGACUUUGAAGGAACAGAUGUGAAAGAUAUGAGACUAGAAGCUGAAGCUGUCGUGAAUGAUGUUCUCUUUGCCGUCAGCAACAUGUUUGUCUCAAAAAGCCUUCCCUGUGCAGAGGAUGUCGCAUAUAUCAACGUGGAAACCAGGGAAAGGAACAGAUACUGCCUGGAGCUCACGGAAGCAGGGCUCAGGGUAGUAGCUUAUGAUUUUGAUCAGACUGAUGACAGAUUGCAAACGCCGUACCAUGAAACUGUCUACUCCUUAUUGGAUUCUCUCAGCCCUGCAUAUCGAGAAGUGUUUGGAAAUGCAUUACUACAAAGACUAGAAGCUUUGAAGAAAGAUAGUCAGUCAUGAGUUACACAGAAGAGAGGAAGGUUUAAAUGCUAGAAGGAAAUCUUAGUAUGAGGCACUAAGUUCUUUCUUACAAACAUCGCCACAAACAUCUUAAGCUUAAUUUCUUGCAUUAAUAUCUAAUAUAUGCUAGCACUACUCUUAACGUUUUGCUACAGUGGAUUUGUGUAUAUCACAAUGCUAUUAUAACCCACUGAAUUCUAAGAUUAAUAAACUUUUUUGUUGUAGAUGAGCAAGUAAGUUGAUUUUUUACAACAUGAAAAGAAGUGUUGUUAUACAAGACUAAAAAAAACACAGCAACUGAAUGUUUUAUAUACAAGUAGUAGUUUUUUGUGUAUGUGCAUAUCGAUAAUUUUCAUAUCCGCUUUCUAAAAUAGAAGCAAACUACUUGCCAUACCCAAUUAAUGAAAAAAUAACUACAAAAAUUGAUGUUCUGCAAAGAAUGGAAUUUCACCUUGAUACCUGAAUAUGUAAAUUUUUAGCUUUCUUAACAAAAAAAUGGUUCUUGAACCAUUGUUCAAGUUGAGCAUUGCUUGUAUACUGACAGUAUCUGCAUUGAAAGCAAAGCUCAGUGUUACUUGAUCUUUCCUUGUCUCUAGCAACCUGCAGCAAACUCCAAGUAAUAAAUGAUAUGUACUGCUAAUACAUGAAUGUAUUAUCUGAAUUGCAAAGGAGCUAAGCACAGAAUUAGGAUGUAAUGGACUACAUUUCCUAAAGAUGAUGUUGUAUAUGUUUUAUAUAUAUAUAUAUAUACAUAUGCUAUACUGUAACUGAGAGGCUUGGAAGACAUUUUAGUCUCUUUACUAUUUUGAAUGUGUGUUUACAUAAUGUACAGGAUCUACACAAGAGUAUUUUUGCUUCAGCUUUUACAUUCUAUAAUACAGUACUUUGGCACUCUGUAUUUCACGUUUUCUCCUUUAACAGUGUCCUCUCCUAAUGAAUGCUAAGUAAGCACUGUAAUAUUAAUUACAAUGGAUUGGUUUGAAACCAAAGCUGUAUGAAAUUUGCAAAGACUAAUGCAAACUAACAUAUAUAACUUGUAUUUUCUACAUAAAACUGGUACAGAUCUCUUUAUAAAUCUAUUGCUCUGCUGUAACUUUUCAAGUAUGUAUUGAAUGGACUUUUUAAAAAUUGCAGUUGGUUAGAAAUACCAGUACUGUUGAACAAACAUUGUGUGAUGUUCAUACUUUUUGUAUUCUUCUAUUAUUCAGUAUUUGUGCAUUUUUAAAUAAAUAAUCCUGACAUUAUGCUGCAUGCUUUUGUGACAAGUACAUGCAGUAGCUUUUUUUGAGCCACGCUUAGGGAUACAUCUGUUCUCAUGAAGUCACAGAUUCAGUAGACCUCAGUAGGUGACCUCAAUAGAGCUGCAUUGAUUUCUGCCUGCUAAGGAUUAGUCAUAUUAAUUGCAGAAGUCUAGUACAGCUUUUGUAAUAGUUUUGAGGUAGUGAUGUACAGCUGUUACAAGACAACUGUAGUUAGUGCUUCUGUUUUCCAGACCUUAGUUUUGUGUUUAUUAUCUUUUUAGGUUGAAACUUCUGGUACUGAUCUUCUGCCCUAGAGUAUGCUUCCACGCUCUAAAAAUUGUUCAUAGGCUCUCUUUUGUACACAGGUCUGUGGCAUGUGGUUAGUCCUCUGUGAGGAGAAUGUACUUUACCAGAUUUAUAUUUGAAUAUUUUCCCUUGCAACUAUUUUACUUGUUUGACUUCAAUGACUAAAGCAUUAAAUAAAUGCAGUGGUGUGUUGUCA